CAAUACGUGCAGACACAUCUUUGCUCACCUGUAACACUGGAUCUCGCUCUUGUUUAGCAGCGCAUUGUGAUUUCGGCGUCGUCGUGAGCUCCGUUUUUCGUUACCUGACGCGCUCCGCAAUUACCUGCUUACGCUCACGACUCACUUUAUCAGAUUAGCAUGGAUACGUAUGAGGAGGACGACUACUAUUACCAUGAAAACAUCAGCUUCAACAUCAGCUAUGACGAGUACCCCGCCCUGUGCGAGAAGGCUGACAUCCGUUCCUUUGCGGCCCUCUUCCUCACGACCAUGUACACGGUGUGUCUGGUGGUGGGACUGGCAGGAAACGCCUUAGUCGUGACCGUGUACGCCUACCACAAACGCCUGAAGACCAUGACGGACGCUUUCCUGACUCACCUGGCUGUGGCCGACCUGCUGCUGCUCUUCACGCUGCCUUUCUGGGCUGCUGAUGCCGUGGUGGGCUGGGAGCUGGGCGAGGCGGUCUGCAAGUUCGUGUCGGCCUGCUACACGGUCAACUUCACCUGCUGCAUGAUGCUGCUGGCCUGCAUCAGCCUGGAUCGCUACUUAGCAUUAGCCAGAGCGCGAGGCAGGGACCAGAGAGGCUGGCUGCAGAGGGUGUUUUGCAGGAGGCACUGCUGGAAGGUGUGUCUAGCUGUCUGGGCAACAGCUUUCACGCUUGGCCUUCCUGAUUUAAUAUUCUCAGAAGUGAGCUGGGCAUCUAAUAGGGGCAUCUGCCUGGCUAUCUACCCUCCAUCUAUGGCCAGAGGAGGUAAAGCUGCCCUGGAGAUAGCUGAGGUGCUCCUGGGAUUCCUGCUUCCUCUCCUGGUUAUGGUGAUCUGUUACUGGAGUGUGGGCCGAGCACUAAAGGGCCUCCCCGUUGAAAGCAGAGGCAAGAAGUCGAAAGCUCUGAGCGUUCUUCUAAUAGUAGUGGGAGUGUUCGUGGUCACACAGCUGCCUUUUAAUGUCUUGAAGGUCUACAGAGUGAUGGACUCAGUCUAUGCCUUAGUGACCCACUGCGGGACGAGCAAAGUGCUGGAUAAGGCUGCUCAGGUGACCGAGAGCCUGGCCCUCACUCACUGCUGCCUCAACCCGCUCCUCUACGCAUUCGCGGGGUCUUCCUUCAGGCAGCACAUGACGAGAGUGGCCAAGAGGUUUGGCGAGAAGAGAAGAAACAUGGGGAGGAGAAGGGAAAAUCCUGCGGAGGAGGACCGGAUUGAGAUGUCAUUCAACUCCCGCAGUGCAUCUCAAGCCACAAACACAUUCUCGAUAUGAGUUAUCGCUACUAUGCCACAGUGACUGGCUAUGUGUAUCUCUUAUUUAGUGUAGUAUGAGAGAAGAUACAAUUACUCUGUGUAGUUUGUUGUUGAAGAAAACAGCAGCUGUGGAAGUGUGUAUGAAAAUAAUCUAGGUGUAUAAAAAUUCACUCUGUUCACUCCUCUAGUUUUAUCAAAAUGCAUUUGUUUAUAUGUCUCUGCCUUUACUUUUAAGCAACAAAUAAAAUUGUUUUUUUUCUGUCAA